AUGGCAUUGAAAUUCGAUCAUCGAGCGAGCAUGCGAGGCAUCUGCAAAUGUCCCCAUUGCGGAACAUUCAACGGAAAUCGGGCUUCGAAAUGUAAAAACCCCGUUUGCCAGCAAAAGUUAAAAGAAAAUCCAAGACCGGCGCCAGGCAGUUCAACAAAAUCGAUAGGAAUGGCGGUACAACUGCUUCAUACCGAUGGCACAACAAAUAGCAGCCGGCUGUACAGUGUAAGCUAUCGUGACGGAUUACGAAGCAUCUUCCAUACAACAAUCGGUACCGACGGUACCAUUGCAACGCUUAGCACCAUCCACGGUAAAGAUAUUGCCGAUAAAGAGAGUGUAAAACGAAUCAUUUCAUGUUGUAAAUCUACUGCUGAAGCGGUACCACUGCUGAAGGAAAGCAUUAAUUCACUCGCUGUGUCGGAAGAGGAAAAGCUUUCCUUGUGGGAAAAACACUCCCAUCGCGCCGGUGACCCACUAGUGCAGCGCGUAAGCAACGAUGUGUUUGUCGUUGGCCGGAGGCAAUCAGCUUACGGAAUGGUCCACGUAAUUGUACUGAAAAAGCACCAAAAGUACACCGAUUUUCAGUGCGAAUGUCACGCGGAUGGGCAGCAAAAAACAUCUCCAACCGUAUGUUGGCACAUACGGGCGGUAGUGGCCGGUAUGCUGAGUGCCCCAUAUAAAUACGGCGACCGUUGGAGUGCCAUGCUGCAACCGUACGUGGGUCAACCAUCAUCAACAACCGUGUUGGACGAUAGUUCAGUCCUUUCCUGCGAAUAUCUACUGUCAACUGGUAAUGACGACGAUCGAUACAUAUCCGUGCCGAGCGAGCACGUCGAAAUGCAAUCGAUGCUUAACUCAACAAUGAUGGAACUGUUUAGCGAUCAGCAGAUCGGUGAUAUGCCGAUUUACCAGACGACGAGCAAUUUUUCGCCUACCACCGGCAUUCCAGAUAUGUUUGCAGAAGAAAGUCUUCAUCUGAUGGACUGUCAGAUCGAGCUGAUGGACGAGCUGGAUCCAACGGACCGUAUCGAUUUUUGUCCUUCGUUUAUCGAGUGUGAAGAUAGUUUGCCCGUGCCGGAAGCCGAAGAGCACCCGGCGCCAGAUGAGAAAGUUGUACGGGUAACGACGAAAAAGGGUGCCCUUAAGCGAUGCAAUCGGAUGGGCCCUGACAAGCUUACCCGUGGAAGUUACAGCGUCCGGAAGCUGAUAAAAGCGCUCGAAUCGAAUGGAAUAAUUUUUAACCGGUUGCAGAAAUCGAAUGGAGGCGUUAACGUUCCAACACUACCAGCUUAUGAAGCGAUACAAUGUAAUUUAUCUUUUACAUGCUGGCUGGAGUCGGUCAUUGAGCAGCUUAACUCGGUGAUCGAUUUCAACGGGGACGGUAAACCGGCUGUGCAGUCGUUUCGUAUACAUGAAGAUUUCUUCCGCUGUUUGCGUGCCCGCUUUUCCGUUGGUCAUCGAUUAAGGCAGCCCGAACCGGAAACGGAAUGCAUCGACCAGUUAUCAGCGCAGCGGUACAAAUUUACGCAUCACAAAAGUCUGUUGCACGUGUUUCGUACCGAUAAGAUCGAACUUUGCUUCGAGAAGAGAUUCACCCGUGGGCCGGAUGAUCGUUACGUACCAUUUAAAGAGGAUGGUGAAGAGCUAGAUGGGCAGCUUGCCGUACAGCAAACUCCCAUUCGACCGCACUGUUAUAGUACCUAUAUUAAGCUCGGUCGCUACAAGCACGAACCGGAUCAGGAACGGGUGUAUCACUUUACGCUCGAAUGGAUUGGAGCCGUUCUUCCGCUUAGUGGCUUUGGUGAGCUUCGGAUAUCGUUCGAGUACGGACAUCGGAUGAAUAAGCAGUACAUGGAACCACCGGUACACACUGUACCGUGA